AUGCCAAGGUUACCAGUUGGUCGAGGUCGUGGUCGAGGUCGUGUUCGAGGCCAAGAAGUUGAUCCAAUUGAUUAUAAUACAAUGAAGGAAGAAUUAUUGAAUGAAAUCCGAGUGAUGAUGGGUCAGAAUAACAUUCAUCAUGAAGAAGGAGACGAGGAAGAAGGGGAUAAUACCGACGAAGAAGGGGAUUAUACCAACCCUUUUGGUAGAGGACGCCGUGAAGGUAGGAUAAUCCAACGUGACGAUUCUGAGCGCUGGAAGGCCGGAAUAAAAGUGGAGGUUCCAGAAUUCUAUGGAGGUUUAGAACCGGAGGAGUUUCUUUCGUGGUUGAACACAGCUGAGGAAGUAUUGGAAUUUAAGGAUGUACCAGAUAACAAACGAGUUCAGCUGGUAGCAACUAUGUUUCGGGGAAGAGCUAAUUCGUGGUGGCAACAACACAAACUACAACGCUCUCGUAAAGGGAAGCAGAAGUUAGUCUCGUGGGAGAAGAUGAAGAAACAUAUGAGAGCAGAAUUUUUACCACACAACUAUAUCAGCUUGAUGUACCAGCAACUACAAAACCUACGCAAGGGAACACGUUCUAUAGACGAGUACACGAAGGAAUUUUAUCGAUUACUUUCUCUUAACGAUUUGUCGGAGUCAGAUGAGCAAAUAUUCGCACGUUAUGUAGGUGGUCUUCCUCAGCAAUAUCAGGAUACACUUAACAUGUUUGACUGUUGUUCUAUAUCGGAUGCACAUCAUAGAGCAAGGCAGGUUCUUUUCAAUGAAGACAAUCGUGAAGAAGAUGAUUGGGUACCUGAAUAUGAUGAGGAUCCAGAGGAUGACUCUGAACCUAGUGAUGAAGUAGUUACAGGAGAUACAGGAGUGAACUUUGUAGCAAGAAGAAGUUUUCUCACUCCACGUACAGAUGAGGACGACAACUGGUUACGUAAUAAUAUAUUCCAGUCGACAUGUACGAUCGAGGGAAAAGUUUGUCGUUUAGUUAUUGAUCCUGGAAGUUGCGAGAAUAUUAUUGACGAAGAGGUCGUGAAACGGUUUAGGCUGGAAACCAAGGCACAUCCGCAUCCAUAUAAACUUUCUUGGCUUAAGAAAGGGAAUGAGGUGAAAGUAAACAAACGUUGCUUGGUUUCUUUUUCGAUUGGUAACAAAUAUAAAGAUAAAAUAUGGUGUGACAUUACUAGUAUGGAUGCUUGUCACUUGUUGUUGGGUCGACCAUGGGAGUUUGACAGGAAAACUAGUCAUGACGGGCAUAAAAAUACCUACAGCUUUUUAUGGAACGACGUACGUAUAGUACUUGUACCCAGCAAAGAAAUUGCACCUAAACCAUCUACCGGACAAACUACCAAUCUCUUGUCGUUUAAGCAGUUUGAAGUUGAGGCAGAAGAUGCAGGAGAACUGUAUGUGUUGAUUAGCAAAGACCAACAGCCGGAUGAAAGUAGUAUCCCUAUUGCAGCUCAACCUUUAAUUAAGGAAUUUAUUGAUGUUUUCCCUAACGAGUUGCCAGACGAGCUACCACCUCUCCGGGAUAUACAACACCAUAUUGAUCUCAUCCCUGGAUCAAGCUUGCCAAACAAAGCGCAUUAUAGAAUGAGUCCUAAGGAGCAUGAAGAACUUCGUCGUCAAGUGGAAGAGUUGUUACAGAAAGGUUUGAUCCGACAGAGCCUAAGUCCUUGUGCUGUACCGGCCUUGUUGAUUCCAAAGAAAGAUGGAACGUGGAGAAUGUGUGUUGACAGUCGAGCCAUCAACAAAAUCACAGUAAAAUACCGUUUUCCAAUUCCUAGAUUGGAUGACCUGCUAGAUCAGUUGUGUGGAGCGAAGGUGUUUAGCAAACUCGACUUGAAGAGUGGGUACCAUCAGAUCAGAAUUCGAGAAGGUGAUGAGUGGAAAACAGCUUUUAAGACUCGAGAAGGGUUAUAUGAGUGGAUGGUUAUGCCGUUUGGAUUGUCCAAUGCGCCUAGUACAUUCAUGCGUAUAAUGAAUCAAGUUCUCAGGCCCUUUAUCGGUACUUUUGUGGUCGUUUAUUUCGACGAUAUUCUUAUUUAUAGUGUUGAUAUGAACAUGCAUUUUCAACAUCUUCGAGAAGUGCUUUCAACUCUACGUCGGGAAAAAUUAUUUGCAGCCAUCAAGAAGUGUUCAUUCAUGACUGACCAAAUUCUAUUUCUCGGCUAUGUCGUAACCAAGGAUGGAAUAAAGGUAGAUGAUUCCAAGGUUGAAGCUGUAAGAAAUUGGACCACACCCUACACUGCA